UCCUGAGCCUGUCUUAAUUUUUUUUCUCUCUUCCUAUAAUGUUUUUUCUCUCUUCCAAUUUUUUUUUUCUCUUCAAAAAAAAAAGAAAAAAAAAAAAAAAAGAAUUCUCUCUUCCAAAUUUUUUUUUUCUCUCUUAAAAACUGAAAAUAACUGCAGUUGUUACACGACAACGAAUGCCAUAUCAAAUGUAUGUAACCUGAUUUUGUCUUGAUUAAGGUUUGCAAACCCUUAAAUAAAUAAUAAAUGUAUUAUUCAGCAACAGAGAAAGCAUUAAAAGCAUUUCUUUUCUUUUUUUUCCACUGUUGUUUAUUUUCAUUUAUUUAUUUAUUUUGCAGGGGCGUAGAUUCCAGGGUUGGGGGGAGGUAAAAAAAAUUUUUUCAAAACAAGCAAGUUUCAUAUAUAUCCACAGGCAUAAAUAUGCAUGAAUUACAGUUGCGGCAGUGUACUUCCCACGAAUCACCACAGGAGGGCGGCAAAACGCAAUUACAUCGUGUGACGUCGUUCAUCCGCAGCACAUUGACUCAUGAACCAGGAAGAGCCGGUAACACAUAACUGUAUCAUGCUGACAUUUGCAUUAACAAUCGUUCGACAUGGUGAAACACAAUAUAACAGGGAUAAGUUGCUUCAAGGUCAGGGCAUUGACACACCGCUGUCAGACACAGGACAUCAGCAGGCAGCAGCAGCUGGCCAUUAUCUCAGAGAUCUGCAUUUCACUAAUGUCUUCGCCAGUAACCUGCAGAGAGCCGUUCAGACGGCUGAAAUAAUUUUAAGAAACAACCUUCAUUCUUCUGCUACUGAGGUGGUGUUGGAUCCUUUACUCAGAGAGAGGGGGUUUGGUGUAGCAGAGGGAAGACCAAAAGAAGAUCUGAAGAACAUGGCUAACGCAGCGGGUCAGGCCUGCCGAGACUACACCCCGCCAGGUGGUGAGACGCUGGAACAGGUGAAGACACGCUUCAAGAAAUUCCUCAAAUCCUUGUAUCAGCGCAUGUUAGAUGAUCAUGGCUCACCCAACCCAUGUUCUGCAUCCAUUCCCGGACCAUCAGAACCAGAACAGCCUGUGAUUGCUGGACUAGCUAAUGAUGGAGUCCAUGUAGUACCCGUCCAUGCUCUGAUUGUCAGUCAUGGGGCGUUUAUCCGUGUGUCCGUCCGCCACCUAGUGGAGGACCUGCAGUGUGCUGUGCCAGCAGGCCUGAAGAUGAGCCAGAUGUUCUCCCCAUGCCCAAACACAGGCAUCUGCAGGUUCAUCAUCACCCUGUGUAGAGAAGAGAGCAGCCCACGGGCCACCCACAUCCAGUGUGUCUUUAUCAACAGAAAAGACCACCUGAAUGACAUCAAAAACUCUGAUUAACACAGUGUAAUGAGGUUCAUCAGAAGUAAUUAUCUAGUGUUCAGGUUUAUACGAUCUGGUGGCCAGUGUUUGUAUUGAUAAGGACUUGCCAUGGGGAGGAAAGCACAUUUAUGUCUGUGUGAUUUUUUUUUUAAUGUAUAAGUUAUUAAAGUACAGUGAUAGUUCAUAUGAUGCCAUGAAACUGUUAUUCAUCUCGUCAGCUUUCUGAAUGCGAACAAUCUUAAGUUCUCAGAUAUCUUUUUGAUGUCCUCUGGAGUUUUAUAAGCUCUUUAUACUCACAGUACUGUUGUUUUAGCUUUUAAAACACUAAAGUAUUAACACAUGCUCAUGUAUAUGUACAGUAAUAAAGAGAAUGAGUUAAAUGUGAAGAAAAAACAGUAAGUCCAUUUUGUAGUGUUUUUCGCAUACUUAAAGGAAUAGUUCACCCAAAAAUGAAAAUUCUCUCAUUUACUCACCCUUAUGACAUUCCAGAUGUGUAUGACUGUCUUUCUUCAGCAGAACACGAAGAUUUUUAGGAGAAUAUCUCAGCUCUUUUGGUCCAUACAAUGCAAGCGAAUGGGUGCCAACAGCAUAAAAGUCAGCAUAAAAGUAAUGCAUAUGACUCCAGUGGUUUAAUCAAUGUCUUUAGAAGCGAUUUGAUAGGUGUAGGUGAGAAACUGAUUAAUAUUUGUCAAUUUUUACUAUAAAUUCUCCUCCCUGCUCAGUCAAUCUCCACUUUCACUUUCACAUUCUUCUUGUGUUUUUGGUGAUUCACAUUCUUCAUGCCUACGCCCCCUACUGGGCAGGGAGAAGAAUUUGUAGCAAAAAUGUAUUAAAUAUUAAUGUCAUACCACUUCUGAAAACAUGGAUUUAACCACUGGAGUCAUAUGGAUUACUUUUUUGCUGCCUUUAUGUACUUUUUGGAGCGUAAACAUUUUGGCACCCAUUCACUUGCAUUGUGAGGACCUGUAGAUAUUCUUAUAAAAAUCUUAAUUUCUGAGAAGAAAGAAAGUCAUACACAUCUGGGAUGGCAUGAGGGUAAAUACAUAAUGAGAGAAUUUUCAUUUUUGGGUGAAUUAUUCCUUUAACAGUUUGGAAGUGAAUGGGGCUGGUCUUUAAACAUUAAAAUACAAAAAUGUAUAACCACAAGAUGUAAACAUUAUAGUGUACAUAAUUAGCACACUGAUAUAUUCAGCUCUGAAAAAAAUUAAGAUUCCAUGGCAAGAUUAUCAGUUUCUCUGGAUUUACUAUUUAUAGGUAUGUGUUAGAGUAAAAUUAAAAUUUUUGUUUUAUUCUAUAAAGUACGGACAACAUUUGUACCAAAUUCCAAAUAAAAUAUUGUUAUUUAGAGUAUUUAUUUGCGGAAAAUGA